AUGGAUAAUAUACUGUAUUUAGCUCCUUCUCAUUGCUUCUCCUCAGUUUCGGAGUCGGACUGCUACGUGAUUCUGAGGCUCCCCACGUCCUCUGCUCGCUCUCACCGCACCCAGACAGUGCCCAACAGCCGCGACCCCGAGUGGAACGAGACGUUUCACUUCCGCAUCCACAGCCACGUCAAGAAUGUUCUAGAGAUGCAAGUGUACGAUGAAGACUACUUCACGCAAGAUGAUCUUUGCUCUGUCGUCUUGUUUGAUAUCAGCAAUCUCACCUUGGGCCAACAGCAGACCAAAAUGUUCAAUAUAAAUGAAAAGACAAAUGAUAAGCUGUGGGUUGAAUUUGAGAUGGCAGAGAGGCCAGAGCAGGAGCUGGCAGUGCGUCUGGACUUUGACAUCCCGUCAGUGGAGAAGGACUUCCUGGAAAAGAGGAAGGUGGUGGUGGGGCGGGCUUUGCACAAGCUGCUGGAGCUCAGUUCCCCUCUACAGACAGAUAAGGUCCCCCUGGUGGGUGUGGUUUGCUCGGGGGGCGGGACCAGGGCGAUGACUGGCGCUUUUGGGAGUCUGAAGGGUCUCCAGACUCUGGGAAUCCUGGAUGCCGUCAGCUACAUCACUGGGGUCUCAGGGGCCACAUGGGCCAUGUCAACCCUGUACGAGAAUGCUGAUUGGUCGCAGGGGGACCUGGGUGUGGUCACUGAGCCAAUGAAGGUUGAGAUGAUUAAGAGGUACCAGGACAUCCUGUCCACGGAGCGGCUCAGUUACUACAGGGAGGAGAUGGGGCAGAAGGAGAAGGACGGACUUCCCGUGUCCCUCAUUGACAUGUGGGGUCUGGCCAUCGAGCACCUCAUCUAUGGGAAGGUACUGCAGGAUACAUACGGGGCAACCACAUGCACACUAACAAAGACACAAAAUGACACUAUCCUUUCUUAUACCAAAUGGGACAGUACCCUCUCUGACCAGAAGAGGGCGGUGUCAGAGGGACAGAAUCCUCUGCCUAUCUACACAGCUGUGAACAUGAAGACCAGCCUGAAAGGCAUCACAGAGGCCGAGUGGUGUGAAUUUACCCCGUAUGAGGUUGGUCUUCCGAAGUACGGUGCAUUUGUACCCACUGAGGACUUUGGCAGUGAGUACUUCCUGGGUCACCAAGUCAAAAAACUUCCAGAGACUCGUCUGCCUUUCAUGAUAGGAAUCUGGAGCAGCAUUUUCUCUUUCAGCCUUAAAGAGCUGUGGCACCAUGUGACAGGCUCAACUCCGUCUUGGAUAGGUGGUGAUGUCUUCAACACAGAGACGGACAACAAGCCGUCCACGCUGGACACCUUCCUGAUCAAACCAGCCACCGACACGGUGCAGAUGAUCAUCGGGUUCUUCACCACCCGACCCUUCAUCACGCAGAUUUACAACUUUAUGCGAGGCCUCUAUCUCCACUGGGACUACAACAGCAGGAGUUGUUUCACCGUAGGACAAGACAUACACCCUGAUGCCUUUCCGAACCAGUUGACACCAGCGGACCCAACCCUGGAUCUGGUGGACUCUGCGUUUUCCUGCAACACGGGUGUCCCCCCUGUGCUGCGACCCCACAGACGUAUGGUCCUCAUCCUGUCCCUCGACUACUCCUGGGAGGCUGAUCCGUUUCUGGUGUUGAAGAAAACCCAGCAGCACUGCACUGAUCACAGGAUCCCGUUCCCUCACAUCGAUUUCAGCCGUGUGGAGAAAGAGGCCAUGAAGGAGGUGUACGUGUUUGAGGACGAGAAGAACCCAAAAGCUCCCAUUGUGCUUCACUUCCCUCUUGCCAACCUCACCUUCAGAGAGUUCAAAGCCCCAGAAGAGCACUAUAUAAAUGCAGUCCAUGUCUUUGAAGGUGUCAGGAGAGAAGGGAAGGAUGAACUGAGGAUGGGAGAGCUGGACGUGAGCAGCAGCGCCUCACCAUACAUCACCGAGAACCUGGCCUACCAGCCCGAGGACUUCCAGAGGCUGAUGGACCUCACUUGCUACAACGUCCUGAACAACCGCGACACCUUGCUGUCAGCUCUGCGCAGGGCGCUACAGAGAGAGAGAGUCCAUGAAGAUGAGGACGAACACAAAGACCACUCCUGUCCCUGA